AUGAAGCACAAAAUAAAAAAUCACCUAAAAUUGUUUUAUCUUUAUUCAGGGCAUGUUUCUACGGUUUGUCAACAUAAACUUAAAUCUGCUCUGAAGAGGAAGUACCAGUGUGUGUUUGAGGGGAUCGCUAAAGCAGGAAAUCCGAUGCUCCUGAAUCAGAUCUACACAGAGCUCUACAUCACAGAAGGAGGGACUGGAGAGGUCAAUGAUGAACAUGAGGUCCGACAGAUUGAAACAACAUCCAGGAAACCAUUCAGACCAGAAACAAAAAUCAGACAAGAAGACAUCUUUAAACUCCUUCCUGAAAGAGAUGGACAAACGAGAACAGUGAUGACGAAGGGAGUGGCUGGCAUCGGGAAAACAGUCUUAACCCAGAAGUUCACUCUGGACUGGGCUGAAGACAAAGCCAACCAGGACAUCCACCUCCUGUUUCCGUUCACCUUCAGAGAGCUGAAUCUAUUACAGGACAAGAAGUUCAGCUUGGUGGAACUUGUUCAUCACUUCUUUACUGAAACCAAAGAAAUAAAGAGCUUUGAAGAGUUCCAAGUUGUGUUCAUCUUUGAUGGUCUGGAUGAGUGUCGACUUCCUCUGGACUUCCACAACAAGAAGAUCCUGACUGAUGUUACAGAGUCCGCCUCAGUGGAUGUUCUGCUGACAAACCUAAUCAGGGGGAAACUUCUUCCUUCUGCUCGACUCUGGAUAACCACAAGACCUGCAGCAGCCAAUCAAAUCCCUCCUGAGUGUGUUGACAUGGUGACAGAGGUCAGAGGGUUCACUGACAUACAGAAGGAUCAGUACUUCAGGAACAGAUUCAGAGAGGGAGAGCAGGCCAACAGGAUAAUCUCCCACAUCAAGACACUGCGAAGCCUCCACAUUAUGUGUCACAUCCCAGUCUUUUGCUGGAUCACUUCUACAGUUCUGGAGGACAUGAUGAAGACCAGAGAGGGAGGAGAGCUGCCCAGGACCCUGACUGAGAUGUUCAUUCACUUCCUGGUGGUUCAGGCCAAAGUCAAGAAAGUUAAGUAUGACAGAGGAGUGGAGACAGACCCGCACUGGAGUCCAGAGAGCAGGAAGAUGAUUGAGUCUCUGGGAAAACUGGCUUUUUAUCAGCUGCAGAAAAAAAACCUGAUCUUCUAUGAAUCAGACCUGACAGAGUGUGGCAUCGAUAUUGGAGCAGCCUCAGUGUACUCAGGAGUGUUCACACAGAUCUUUAAAGAAGAGAGAGGAGGACUGUACCAGGAUAGGGUGUUCUGCUUUGUCCAUCUGAGUGUUCAGGAGUUUCUGGCUGCUCUUCAUAGCUAUCUGACCUUCAGUAACUAUGGAGUCAACCUGAUGGGAGAAGGAGAAACAUCUAAUAAAGUCCCUUCACUUUUAAAUAACCCAAAACCUCUCAAUCAGACUGUUGAGGACAAAGAAACAGUCUUUUAUAAAAGUGCUGUGGAUAAGGCCUUAGAGAGUUCAAAUGGACACCUGGACUUGUUCCUCCGGUUCCUCCUGGGUCUUUCACUGCAGAGCAAUCAGACUCUUCUACGAGGCAUGCUGACACAGAGAGGAAGUAGCUCACAGACCAAUCAGGAAACCAUCCAGUACAUCAAGGAGAAGAUCAGUAAGAAUAAGUCUGUUGAGAAAAACAUCAACCUUUUCUACUGUCUGAAUGAACUGAAUGACGAUUCUCUAGUGAUGGAGAUCCAAAAGUUACAGCGUUCAGGAUAUUUCUCAAUAGAGAAACUGUCUGCUGCUCACUUGUCAGCUCUGAUUUUCACCCUGCUGUCAUCAGAAAAAGAUCUGGAUUUGUUUGACCUAAAGAAAUUUUCUGCUUCAGAGACGGAUCUUCUGAAGCUGCUACCAGCGGUCAAAGCCUCCAACAAAGCUAUAUUGAGUGACUGUACCCUCAACAAGGAAAGCUGUGAAGCUCUGUCCUCAGUUCUCAGCUCCCAGUCCUCCAGGCUGAGAGAACUGGACCUGAGAAUCCAUGAUUCAGGAGUGAAGCCACUGUCUGAUGGACUGCUGAAUCCAAAAUGUAAACUGGAGAUUAUCAGGCUAAGUUUCGGGAAACUCUCAGAGAAAAACUGUGAAGUUCUGUCCUCGGCUAUUAGCUCCCACCCCUCUGAUGUCAAAGAACUGGACCUGAGUAAAAACAAGAUGGAUGAUUCAGGAGUGAAGCUUCUUAAUGCCCUGAAGAGUCCAAACUGUCCUCUGGAGACUCUGAGACUGUGUAACUGUGGACUCUCAGUGAGUCAUUGUGGAGUCGUGGCUUCAUUUCUGCAGUCCACCCCCUCCCAUCUGAAACAUCUGGACUUGAGCGAAAACCAGCUGAAGGAUUCAGGAGUGAAGAUUCUGUCUGCUGGACUGGAGAGUCCAAACUGUACACUGGAGACUCUGAGAUUGGAGAACUGCGGGUUGUCACCGAUCAGUUUGUCUUAUCUGGGCUCAGCUCUGAAGUCCAACCCUUCCCAUCUGACAGAAAUGAACCUGAGUCAGAACAAGAACCUGCAUGAUUCUGGAGUGAAGCAGCUGUGUGGUUUUCUGGAGAGCCCACACUGUAGACUGGAGGCUUUGAGUUUGAGGGACUGUGGCUUGUCAAGGAUCAGUUGUUCAUCUCUGGUCUCAGUUCUGAAGUUCAACCCCUCCCGUCUGACUGAGCUGGACCUGAGCUGGAACAACUUAAAGGAUGUAGAUGUUCAGCAGCUGUUGGAUCUCGUGGAGAGCCGAAACUACAGACUGAGCACUCUGAGGUUAGUAAAAAGUUGGAGUGGUUAGCGCUGUUUAAAUCAGUUUUAGUAGUCAUAAUUUAUUUUCAAACGUAUUCAUUUACAUAGGAAUUUAAUGAUGGUUACAUCGCACAACCAUCUUUUUUUUUUCUUUUUUGGAAAACAAAGUAUAAACUUAUUUUGCCUGCUGUGAAACGAGACCCUGAGCCGCCCCAUAAACUGCAACAUUCAACACAAAUAAAAGCCUAAUUAAUCGAGCAUGAGCAAACAUAUCUAGAAUAUAGAUACAAAGAUGGAGAGGCAAAAAUGAAAAGUGUAAGAAAGAUAAAAUCAAAUAAAACUGAUGUGUCAGGAAUAUGCUUAUAAGAAAUUACAUCAGUGUAUGUAGAAACAGAUGUGUGCUCACACAUACCCAACAUAUUUGUAUACACAUACGCAUAGACAUGUAAUCACAUUUAUACCGAACAAUUGUAUGAAAUAUGAGAGAUCUGCGUUGCAUGAGACGAUCAUGUGCAUAUAACAAGAUAUCAGCGUACAAAGUAUGUAUUGCAGCAUGUGAAGCAACCUGUACUAAUUUUAGUUUUAAUAGCUGGGCAUGUUCUGAAUGAGGAGCCUUGUGCAUUGAGGUUAAAAGCUCCUUCUGAAUCUCUCAGUUCUGUCUGUCAGAUUGUAGAACCGUGUUUGUGAGUUCAGCAGUGGAAACAAAGAGUAGCCUGAAUGAAAAGUGCCCCUGAUGAUUUUGGUGGCUUUGCCUCCGCAGCGUCUGAUGUAGAUGUCCUGAUAGGAGGGGAUCUCAGAUUUGGUGCAGCGCUCAGCUGCGCUGGGGCCUCAUUUAUCAAGUUUGCUUACAUCCAAAUCGUGGUCGGAAAACUGCGUAAACAACUUUCCACGCAAACUUUGGGAUUUAUGAAAGAAAACUUAGUGGAAAAAUGUGCGCAACUUUAAGUUGACUAAGGACCUUGCUUACACACAUGUUGGACAUGGAGAGCACCUGCAGUGCUGCUGCUGAGAAGGAUACAAUUAUGAAAUCCUGCAGCAUUAUCACUUGUACUGCUUCGUUUUCACACAGAACAAGACCCCCCAAACGCACACACACAUGCACGCGCACACUCACACGCGCGCACACACACACAGCCUGAAAUGCAGAAUACAGAAUGCAGAAUAUCAGCAGGGGGACAGAUUGAAACAGAAUGUCGUGCGUCUGUGACAGUGUGAGCGUCCUGUCACUGUGACCCGAUUGAUCAUGCACCCUGCCUGUUCAGACAAGGGAGAUUUCCAUUUGGCUGACUGGUUAGUGAGCGUGACUUUCACCUGGGAGUGUGGGGAUCGAAUCCCGAUUGGACCAUUGUUUUUAUAUCCGCCACAGAUCUCUCUGAAGAAUUCACAACAUUGACGGCUUCAGCAACGCUGUGCCACUCCGUGGAUUUUCUCUUAUUUAUUUUGCAAAAGCACUUCCUUUCAUUUCUCCACCUCACCCACAGGUACCUCGACUUCUGCUUGUGAAAUAGCGCUUCCUUGAUCUGCCUUGAUCUACGGUCGCCAUGUCAUUGGCGGAGCGCUGCAAUAGCCGGCUUAUGUAUAUGCAUGAGAUCCACAAGGCACUUUGCAUUGACUAUUUAUGGCAGUAAGUGGGCGUGGUGAAGGCGGGAUGUGACUAAAAUGCAGCUGAGAAACAUUCUAGAUAGUUUCAAAUUUAUGAAGCGGAGAUUGCGUGCAGCUGUGCGUACUCCAUGUUUGAUAGAUCACAAACCUACUUGGCAUAAGUACUUUUUUUGCUGAGCUUAAGUACGGUUUUAGUAAGGAUUCUACGCAAUGUUUGAUAAAUGAGACCCCUGGUCUCUCUCUCACGUAGAUUUGUCAGGAUUUUCAAAUCUUCUUUCAGAAGCAAAUGCAGGAGGUAGGUGGAGACUAUUUUCAGAGUGACCAAUUAUAAUCAGUAAAAACAUUUUUAAAAAUGUUUUUUCAGUCAAUAACCCCUUCAAAGUAUCACACAUUUCCUGUCAAUUUGCUCUUUGAAAACUUGGUUAAAUCACAUUCACAAAGCUUAGAAAAUGAUGUGUGACCCAGUGUUGUGUGUGAGCAAGCCCAGAAUCUGUUGGAGUCCAGUCAGCACAUUUCUUCAUGUUGCUUUUUUGUCACUUUUUACAUUUGAAUCUGUUGAAUAUUUAUAUGCUGAUACAUUAGAAGCAGAUCAGAUAUUUAUCCACACAGAGACUCUUUAUAUGCAUGUCAUGGAUUUUAUCAAUACGUUUAUCAAUAACCCAUUUCCUAUAGUGAAGAGAGAAGGAGACAAUGAGCAGACAAGUCAAACAGUUAUAACUGUGGCAUGAUGCAUGAGGCAAAAUGCCCCGAACAUCUGGUCAUUAGUGUACACAGUAACCGGUGUAGCAGUAAACCCCGGUACAAAAGUUGACAAUAAUAAUAACCGACUUGUUUUUUUAAAAAAAAUUACCUCGGUGGAUUACCGUGGCUGCGGUGUAGGCGCGGUGACCCUUACCAGCCACCGUAUCAUCUGCUGAAAUUGCUGGCGGCACAUGCGCACUUUGUUGUUUACAACAAAAACUUUCUUGAAGCUAAAGCCUAUAUGGCUAAAGCUGAAAUAAUGGCCAAAGGAGGACACGGCAGUGCUCAGGACAUUUAUUAUCCCUCAAAGAAGACAAAGUGGGAAGUGGACAUUUUUUGGAUAUUUGAAGAAUGCCGAGGGACAGUUGCUAGAAGACGGCUAUCCUGUUUGUAGCAUAUGCAGAAAAAGUGUGUGUGAAAGGCAGCCACGCUUCAAAUCUCAUGACACAUCUGCGUGACCAUCACCCACAACUCUACAGUCAACGCAAGGCAAGUUAACAUUAGCGUUUUAGCUAAAAUGCGUGAUCCGAGGAUUUGGGUUGAGGGAGAAUGCAACGAGUCGCUAUAUAAAGCAGCCGCAGCGCUGCUACCUGCAUAAAAAACUGUGUCCCGGACACCCCCAUAUUGAAACAACGCUAUGCAUUACGGGGCUCCCAGGGGCAGAUAAGAGUUGGCCUCUCUCUGAGAAUCAUUUUGAAUUUAACAAUGAUUACUGCCUGAUGACAUUUUCCCACAUCUGCAAAGCUCACUGGAAGGACACAAACCGAGGACAAUAUUUUCCUGAUAUAGGGUUUAUUACUCAAGUAUAUUUGAUUAGAAGGCUACUUGAGUACUGAGUGUCAUCUGAUCUAAUAUUUGUUAAAUGAUGACAUCAAACUGAAAAAAAUAAGAAGUUAUGGGUAAAUAUUGGUAUUUUAAAGACUAAAGGGGAAAAAUGUAAACAAAUAAACAACACAAUUACAAAAUAACAAAUUUUAGGCAAAAUUUAGACACAAACCAAGGACAAUAUUUUCCUGAUAUACAGGGUUUAUUUAGUUGUCUGAAAAUGUAACACAUUUAAAAAAAAUACUGAGAUAAUACCGAAAACUGUGAUAAUUUUGGUCACAAUAACUGAGAGGCUAAAUUUUCACACCGUGACAACCCUACUGGUCACAGAGUUUAUUUAUACCAAGAGAUAAAGAAGAGAGAGAGAGAGAG